AUGGUGGAAUACGAAAAGGAAUUGCUAGCUGAUUUGGAGAGUAGUGAUGAAGAGGUUGAAGAAGCAGUAGGAGAAGCAGUAGAAGAAGAUAUAGGCGAAAAAGAUGUGUAUGAAUCUACACGUUCGUUCCAAGAGAAGCUCACUAAACUCAUUACUACUAGAUACAAUCCUUUCCAAACAAUAUUGCUAAAUCCUGAUAUAGAGUCGAUUCGUGACUUUACCACUGCGUCCAAGGUAUACCCGCUCAUUCCCGAGCUAAAGGAAAAACUUGCACAAUAUCUAAAUGACCAAGAGAGUGAUUUUCUUGAGCUUCUUGCAGAGAUAAACCAUGCCAAAAGUGAUUUACAAUCUGAUGAGUAUAGAUUUAUUUUAACUAUAAAUGAGUUAUCAACAUUGAUAAAUAACGAGAUUCUUGCAUUCACAAUGCAUUUGAAACUGCAAUACAAACUUGUUUUUCCAGAAUUGGAACAUAUUGUUGCUGCUAAUACCGAUUAUGUGAGGACAUUCAUGAUAAUUCAACAAGAUUUGGCGAAUAUUCAACAAUAUGAACAAGAGUUGAAAAAGUUAAUGGCCAAUGACAAAGUCUUGGUUAUUAUUAUGUCCGCAUUGCAGCAGAGCAAAGAUCAGUUUCAGCUAUCACCACAGGAUAUGGACAAGUUAAAUUCGUGUGCCAAACUAAUACUUCAAUUAGACGAUAUACUACAUCAACUUUCCAACUUCAUAUCACAUAAACUAGCCAGAUUUGCACCUAAUGUGUCAGCAAUAAUUGGACCGAUUGUCACGUCACAGUUGUUGAUAGCAUCGGGUUCAUUGAAACAACUAGCAUUGACUCCAGCUUGCAAUAUAGCCUCUCUCGGGGUUCGAGAUCUAUCUUCAAGUACUAAAGUUGCGUCGAAAAAUAUUCGGCAAACGGGGUAUUUAUAUCAUAGUGACAUUGUCAAGUGUUUGCCUCCAGAAAUCCAACGAUCGGCAAUGAGAAUAAUCAGUGGAAAGAUCAUCUUGGCUGCAAGGAUUGACCUCUCUAAAUCGGAUGAAGAGGGAAAUUUGGGAUUGAAGUUGAAAAGGGAGAUUGAAGACAAAAUUGAUAAAUUGUUGGCACCACCAGAACAAACACCCGAUAAAGCAUUGCCUGCGCCUAUUGAGAUAAAAUCAAAAAAAAGAGGUGGAAGAAGGCUACGUAAGAUGAAGGAAAGAUUCCAAAUGUCUGAGUUACGUAAAGCCCAGAAUAUAAUGGAGUUUGGCAAGCAAGAACAAACUAUUAUGGACGAGUAUGGAGAAGAGAUUGGAUUGGGGGUAAGUAGAACUGGGGGGUUGGGUAGAUUAGGUCAAAUCCAAAUCAAUAAAAACACAAGUGCCAGAAUGUCCAAGGCUAUGGUGGAACGAUUACAAAAGCAAAAACAACAAGAUUUGAAAAAAAGUAUCCUUAAUGAUGAUGAAUUCGACCAUAUCAUUUUAGGAGGUGGAAAUAAGGAUGGAAAUAAAGAUGCAAAAACAGAAGUAACCGACUCCAGUAAAUCCUUACCCCCUGCCCCAACGAGCAAGUGGCUUACCGGAUCGAUGAAACGGCAACUAGACAGCAGUAGCAUGGACUCAAACAACGUAGAGGCAAAGAGAAUCAACCUUGGUGAUAAGGGGAAUCACCGAUGA